AUGGCCUUUGAGCAGCUGGAUCGGCUUGACAUGGAGUUGGGCAGUGCGCUGCCGUGUCCCGUGAUGCCCGCGCUGAUGCCACGCGGGCGCUCCAACUACGGAGGAGGUGGCGGUGGUGGGGGCGAAGCGCAUGGGGGAGGGGGAGCAGGAUCGGGGGGACACAAUGGGUUGCCGUCUUCAUCAGCAGCGGCCAGGAACUACAUGGCUAACAGGGAGCCGCCACAGUUGCAGAACGCCUCGUCUAAUGACUCGGCCACGGGGGACUGCGGCCCGCACAACGGUGAGAGCGUGGCCUCCCCGCCGACGACGACGGCCGCAAGUAGCGGCGGCGGUAGCGGGGCAAAGCUGCCCAGCGAGCUGACCAUCAUCCCGAUCUCGGCCAACGCGUCACCCCAGGGUGGCAACGAAGAGCACGGUGGCUACGGCAGCAGCAGCGGAGGUGGUGCCUCAUCGAACAUGUACCCACCGGGUGUGGUUCCCAUGCAGUACCUUAUGAACCCCCACGAAUUCCUCCAGGAGGAAUCUGGGGAUAUCGACGAGCUGAAAAGGUCAGCGUACCCACUCCUCCCACCGAAGGGGGAGGCGGCCAUCUUGUCCGAGAUACGCAACUUCGUGAUGCGCUAUAACAUCAAGCAGACAAUGAUCGCCGAGAUGACCAAACUCAGCCAGGCGUACGUGAGUCGCUUCUUCCGUGGCGACAUUGCCGACAUGUCGGAACGCACCAAAAACACUUUCUACAUGUGGUACCUGACGUGCAAGAACAACCCUUGGAAGUUGGCACAACUGUGCCCCAACUCUGGCGUGAAGCGGAUGGUCUCGGAGACGGGUGACUUGAUUCCACUCAAGCGGGAGCGCUUCACCUUCAAGUCAGCACACCUGGCCGUGUUGGAGCGGUACUACGAGCGUGAUCCAUACCCGGAUGCGCAGACGCGCGAGCAGAUUGUCGAGGAGUGCAACGAGGCGGUCGAGCGACCUGAGCGUCCUCUGACUGAACGGGAGAAAGUGAGCCUGCCUGUGGUGAACAACUGGUUCAACAACCGUCGAAAAGAGGCCAAGAAGCAACUCAGGCAGCAACAUGCGGCAGCAAUGGCGGCAGCGGCCCAGGCUGGUGGCCUUGGCGGGUUGCCAGCGCUGACAGGUGGAGGCCACCAGAAGUCCCCCUUCUCUGUGGGUCCACCCCUGUGGGGCGCACCCAGCCUGUACCCGCAGGUGGGAAGCUCGGCCGCGGCCCUCGCGGCUGCACUGCCAUCAUGUGCUUUUUUCUCACCGGCUGCGACUUUGCUGUCGCUAUGGGCCCAGGUGGAGACGCCCUCGAUGCGAGGUGGUGGUAGCGACCAGGGGGACUCUGCAGGCCCCGAGGGUGACAGUGACCAGGGGGAUUCGGACAUCUCCCAGGAGGAAGACUCCACCUCGCUGCCGUCGUACGGCCAUGACUCGGAGCCGGCCGACUUCACCACCAACGACAACAUGAAGCCUGUCAUCAAACAGGAAAUGCCAAGUUCUCAGUGUGUGUCCAGCAUGGAGCAGGAUGAUGAUGGCUAAGGACAAUGCGGUGGUGAACAGCAAGUCGUGGUGGGAGAAAAUACGAAAAAAAGAAAGAAAUGACGUCAACACUGAGAGUCUUCGACGCGAAAGGAUUUCAUAUCGUCAGUGAAAAAAAAAAAAAAGGAAGAGUUUCGAGAAAUUUCUCGGUAUACAUCGGACAAGCGAGCGCUGGUUGUCUUCUUCGGUGUUCGUCCCUGAAAUCCCGAGUGAAAAGAAUGCCACUAACGCAAGAUUGCAAACGAAGACAUCAUGAAAGAAAGGUGCAAGGGUUGCCGGAAUGAGCUUUUCGGUGCCGUUGUGGUUGAAGGAAGUCAUUUGUUGGAUCGUCCUUGCGCUGCCCACCCCGACGGAAAAGCAGUAAUGUUGUGUGUUGAGUGACAAGUGCGCAGCGUUGUUGCAUUCGCCAUAUUUGAUGUUGCCGUGCGCGGUUGUGGCGCGUCGUCUCUGCCGGCGAGUGCCAGGAAGGGAACAAGUUUUCCACGGUCUCUACCUCACGAUUGAAAAAAAAAAUGAAGCGAAUCAAAGAAAAAGUAAAGAAAAGCA